AUGCUGCCUCUGUUUCCAGCCCUCCUGGGUCUCCUUGCUGUUUUCUUAGCCUGGAAAUUCCUGAAGGUCCAAGUGGCCCGAAGCAAACUGCCUACAGGACCUGCCCCGCUGCCUCUCAUUGGCAACCUGGGGUUGCUUCGCUUUAAGCUCCACCAUCAAACUUUGCUGAAGAUGAGUUCAACAUAUGGAAACGUCUACACGCUCUGGUUGGGGUCCACCCCCAUGGUUGUGGUGAAUGGAUACCAAGCCGUGAAAGAAGUUCUGGUCACUCGUUCGGAGGAUUUUGCGGAACGGCCUGUUCCCAUUUUUCUCCAAGACCUAAUACAUGAUGCACAAGGUGUCCUAUUUUCCAACGGCCAUCAUUGGAAGCAGCAGAGGAGGUUCAGCCUCAUGACGCUACGGAACCUGGGCCUGGGGAAGCCGGUCUUGGAGGACAGUAUUCAGCAAGAAGCUGGCGUCCUGAUUGAAACCUUUGCCCGACAGAAUGGAAAGCCAAUAGAUCCCUCCGGUCCCUUCCUCGCUGCCAUUAACAAUGUGAUUGCCACCAUGCUUUUCGGGCACUCCUUUUCAUCUGAGCAGGACACUUUCCAGCACUUGAUUGACGGCUCAAAGGCCAUGCAGCAAUUCAGUGGGAAGAUGUGGCCAAGACUCUACGAAGCCUUUCCGAUGGUCAUGAAGCCCUUGCAACCUAUCCUUCAGAGAACGCUGUUAGCGCUGAGUCACUGGAAGCAACUGGAAAGGCUCGUACAGAAUGAAAUCCGAGAACAUCAGAAGGGCGGGGUGCCCGAAGAGCCGCGGGAUUUCAUCGACUCAUACCUUGCUCAAGUGGAAAAAUGUAAAGGUGACCCAGCCUCUACAUUUACAGGAAAAAACAUGGUGCAGGUGAUCCUGGAACUAUUCAUUGCUGGCUCAGACACGUCCACGGUCGCCUUACGCUGGGCGCUUCUCUGCAUGGUGGAACAUCCAGAGAUACAAGAACAAGUCCAAGAGGAGCUGGACACCGUCUUGGACCCGUCCCACGUUAUCCGCUACGAGGAUCGGAAAAUCUUGCCCUUUACCAACGCAGUGCUCCACGAAACUCAAAGGUUUAGCAGUCUGUCUGCCGUGGGGGUCUUCCACAAGAGUUCCAAGAACACAAGCAUCAAAGGAAUGCCUCUUAGCAAGGGUGUCAUGAUUCUCCCCAACCUUUACUCCGUCCAUUACGACCCUGAGCAAUGGGAGACGCCGUACAAAUUCAACCCAGGUCACUUCUUGGACAAGGAUGGGAAUUUCGUCAAGAAAGACGCGUUCUUGCUCUUCUCAGCAGGAAUUCGCGUGUGUUUGGGAGAGAAGAUGGCAAGGACCAUGCUCUUCAUCCUCUUCACCAGCCUGAUGAGGGCCUUCCGGUUCCAGCUGCCAGAAGGGGUGAAGAAAAUAAACAGAGAAGCCAUCCUGGGGAUAGCUCUAACCCCGCACCCGUACAAACUAUGUGCCAUUCCUCGCUAGACUGUAUAGCAUCCAGCUUUUUAUUUUAAAAAGUCUUUUAUUCUGUAAAUCACAAUGUGGUUUUUAGCACUACAGAAAUUAUAGUCUGAGAGCACAGAUAUACUACAAACUUAAACUCAUUGUACAUCGUUGUGACUGUCAUGCAUAUGGACUGAUAGUUUUUAGCCUGAGGGUAGCUUUGCAAUUCUGACACAGGAUAAGGAAGCCAAUCACAAAAUGGCUGCCACGUGACAUGGAUCCAACCACAAAAUGUCAAGCAGCGAGGUUAUAAA